AAUUGUUUUCUCAGCCAGGUCUGGUGGAGGGUAGGGUUAGUUUAUGAUCCAUUAAGAAGACAAAGCAGCCGGGUAUGGUGGCUCACACCUGUAACCCCAGUACUUUGGGAGGCCAUGGCAGGUGGAUCACUUGAGGUCAGGAGUUCAAGAUCAGCCUGGCUAACAUGGUGAAACCCCAUCUCUACCGAAAAUACAAAAAAUUAGCCGGGCAUGGUGGCGCAUACUUGUAAUUCUAGCUACUCAGGAGGCUGAGACAGGAGAACCGCUUGAAACCCGGGAGGUGAAGGUUGCAGUGAGCCGACAUUGUGCCACUGCACUCCAGCCUAGGCAACAGAGUGAGACUUCAUCUCAAAAAAGGAAAAGAGAAAGGCUGUGAUCACCAACGCACCCAUUCAUGCUUGUUCCUCUUUUGCUUAUGACCUCUCUGCUUUUAUUUAUACUUGUUGUUUCAGUCUUCAUGUGGACCAUUCUUUUCUUGGCUCUUUGGGGGCAAAAUUAUUUUCCUUCUUGCUGUGUAUAGUGGUCAAACUCUGCCACGAGCGUGAAGAAGGAAGAUACCAGUGCAUGAGGGGUCAGAACACACUGUUUGCCAGUUUUCUCAGAGAUAUAAGUGAGAGGGACAAUGUUUUUCGGUAGCAUUUUGCAUAAUUCCCAACUUCUGUUGGUUGUACCCUUAAAGCCCUAAUGUGGAUUGGUGUUUGUUUCCUAAAAGAUUACUAUGGGAAGAAAGGUGUCCAGUAGCCUACUCAAAAGUUUUUACUCCUAUCCGCUUCUGUUGAAGAAUCUGCAUUAUUUCCAGUCUACUUUAGCUCCUCCUGCCUUCAGUCUAAAGGAGUUGCUUGCACACCUGGAGUAAAUGUGUGUAAUUUCUGAACUGCCCGUUUUAAGAUUUGAUUCUAAUCCUAACUCACUCUUACUUGACCAAUAUGCCUCUCAAUUAUAGCUAACAUUUUGGUUCUUUGCCCAAACCUCUGAGGCACAUUAUGUAAUCCCUAUUUUUAUAAAGAGGCUUGUAGAGGUUAAUUUGCAACUUUAUUGUAAAGAGAGUAAUAAGCCCCCUUCACCCAAUUCCCUAUCAACUGAGAAAGUGACUGUAUUUAGGUAGGCAAUCCAGUGCUUAAGAGCAAGCUUUGGAACUGGAGUUAGAGUUUGAAUCUCAGCUCUGCCACUUUUUUCUUUCUUUUUUUUUUUGAGACAGUUUCGCCGUGUCACCCAGGCUGGAGUGCAAUGGCACAAUCUCGGCUUACUGCAACCUUCGCCUCCUGGGUUCAAGCUAUUCUCCUGCCUCAGCCUCUUGAGUAGCUGAGAUUACAGGUGCGCACCACCACGCCUGGCUAAUGUUUUGUAUCUUUAGUAGAGACGGAGUUUCUCCAUGUUGGUCAGGCUGGUCUUUAACUCCUGACCUUGUGAUCCGCCCACUUUGGCCUCCCAAAGUGCUGGGAUUACAGGCGUGAGCCACCAUGCCCUGCCACCUCUGCCACUUUCUAGCUGUGUGACCUCAGUGAAAUGAGAGCGCUAAGAAUUGCCUACUUUUUAAAAUGUCGUAAGAAUUAAAUAAUAAAACACUUGGAACAACGCCUAGCACAAAAUAAUAUCAAAUGCAGGGACAUUUUCUUUGUAUUCUAUUAGCCAAAGGGUUACAUUAUAAAAUGUACGGAUGUUCGCUGGAGAAACUGGUACAAUCUAGAAAGCGCUGCUUCCCUCCAUUUGUUUUUCUUGGUGUGUAUGGAGUGAGUGCCAAAAAGUCUCAAGUAACCAACCCUUUUUUAUCUCCAGGGUUCAGAGGGUUCUGGAAGUAAACACCACAGUUCACCGUUGCCAGGCUGUGUUGAGUUGCUGCCUUGGUCUUAUCUAGGGGUCUAGGCCUUCUCCACAACGCCCGCCCUGGCUCCUGCUCCCUUUGCCCUUCCCGCCUGCACCCCACUCCCCGCCGCCACGCCCCACCCCAUGCUUGGAUAACAGACUUACAGGUCUGGAUAAUUAAAGCAGAGGACAAGGCUAGCUUAUUCGAUAGGAUGAAACUUGGUUAGGAAGGAUUUGACAUGGCUUCUCCUCAUCGCUCAGAAGGUUAUUAGGGACUUUUAAUCACAGAAUUGGCCUCGGGUGCCCACACUCUGUAUCAAAAUGGCACUUCGGGACAAAUAACAUCCGUGAGAGGGGGAAGUGAUAGACCUGAUUCUGGAAGGAUUACGGCUAGGCGCCAAGUUGCAAAGUUGAAAUUUGCCUCGUGACCACACUGUGAUAGGUGGGUACGGGGGAGCGCGGGCGGGUACACGUCACUUCUUACCGCCCCCUAGGUCUGGGCACUAUAAAAGGGCCUGCACCUCACGUUCGUCGCAGUUGCUCGGGAUUUUUGCACACCACGGAAGCUGGAGGUGAGCUGUGCUGGCCACGCCAGAGGCUGCAACAGCUGACAUGGACCGGUAUAAAGAAGAGCUGCGCUGCUUGGACGACCCGAUGGAGGACCAGGAUUGUUACAUUCUUAAUGUCCAGUCAAGCAGUGAUGGCACCAGUGGGUCUUCUGUGGCCAGAGCAGCUCCGCAGAGACAGGGCAGUUGCAUCCUGAAUGUUGUCCGGUCAAGAACUGGUAACACCAGUGGGUCUUCUGUGACCAGAACAGCUCAGAAGAGACAGGCCAACUCCGUGGUAGUGAUUGACUCUGACUCUGACUCUGAUAACGAAUGCUACCCCUAUGAGAAGAAAGCUAAGAUCCUGAAAACAAACCGUGACGAGAUGGGUUUUUACCAUGUCGGCCAGGCUGGUCUCGAACUCCUGACCUCAGGUAAGAAUAUGGAAGGUUAUAAUGUGAAGCCUACCAUCCUUACCAUCCAGGGACCCCUAAUAGUUAUUAGUGAUGAUGAUGAUGACGACGACAAGAACAGUAAUGAUUUGGAAGUUCUCAAAGAAGAGAGUAAUGAUUCAGAUGUUCCCAAAGACAAGAGUAAUGAUUCAGAUGUUCCUGAUGACGACGACAAUCAUGAUUUGGAUGUUCCUGAUGACGACGACAAAUACGAUUCCGAUGUUCCUGAUGAUGAUCAUGAUUCGGAUGUUCUCGAUGACGACGACAAUCAUGAUUCCGAUGUUCCUGAUGAUGAUCAUGAUUCGGAUGUUCUCGACGAAGACAGUAAUGAUUCGGAUGUUCUCAGUGACAGUAAUGAUUGGGAAGUUCCUGACAACAGUAGUGAUGAUUUGGAAGUUCCUAUGCCAGCAGAAGAUUCGUGUGAUGAAGGCCAAAUUGCCUCAGAUGAAGAAGAGCUGGAUGAGGCUGGUGAGCAGGAUCUUGGUGAGAAUCUCUGCCAUCCACCAAGUGAUCCUGAGGCUAACCUUGAGGUUUCAAAGAGAAAGCUGCCAACUGAGGAAGAACCUGCAACUGUGGUGGGACAGUCAGGGAAAAGGAAGGCAAAAAGUGAAACUAUCGUGGAGCCACUAAAGCAACAGAAGGCAGAAAUUGAAAGUGUUGUGGAGCCACCGAGGAAGAGGAAGGCAAAAACCAAAAAUAUAUCUGUUACACCUGCUGAUAAAGGACAUAAGAAGUGUGGGCAUUCAAAGAAGAAACCUGGUGCAGCAAAAGUUGAAAAUCACAAGACUAGGACUUGUAAGUGCAAAGUCCAUGGAAGUUUCCUACAUGGCCUUGGAAAGUCAAAGAAACACUCUAGAAUCUACGACCUGUUUAACAGAACCAACUGUGAUAAAAAGCUGCAAGAGAAACGACGGAGUUCCUGGAAUAACAAGAUGCUGAGAACUGCCGGCUCAUGCAGCACUAGUGAGAUGCCAUACCAAACGAGUCAGUGCUUUGCUGAGAUCCAGAUUGGCGUGAAAGUCUCAGCAAAGAUCCAGAUUGGCAUGCAACUCUCUGAAGGAUUGGCUGCUACACCAGAUCAUUGGAUGCCAUAUGCUUCAUGUACGUCAAGUACAAGGUGUCUCUGGUCAUGGUCCCAUUAACUUGGAAAGAUGGGACCCACAUUGUGCCCCAAGUGCGACCAUUUGCUCUGUAUAUACAGAAGUAUUAUAGAAAAAUUCUGCAGGAGAUGGGUGGGAUUAGCCACAGGGAUGUGAUGAAAACAUUUGGUAGGAAUUUUAAGGUAAUAGAGAUUUUUUUUUUUAAAUAAAGACAGGGUUUCACCAUGUUGGUCAGGCUUGUCUUGAACUCCCAACCUCAGGUGAUCAGGCCACCUUGGCUUCCAAACUGCUUGGAUUACAGGCGUGAGCCACCACGCCCAGCUGAUAAAGAAUUCUUAAGGUUAUCUGAGGGUAUAUUUAUGUGAGCUAUAUAUGUUUUUGUUUUCUGCAGUUGUCUGUCAUCCUACCUACAGACAAGUGAGCUGUAUUUUUUACUGUUAAAAAAUUUUAGAAAAGUUUGUUUUUGUGAAGUUAGGAAUAUUAGAAUUUAGGUACUGUCAAGUAAGUAAUAUUAGAAUUUAAGAUUCAUGUUAUUAAUGACAAUUGAGCUUAACCAGGGGCUCUAUUGCUAACCAUUCUGUGCCCUUGACAGGGUAGAUCUGUAGCCUUUGGGAUCUACCUUGGGUCUUUUUUCAGCCCCAUAGUUGUCACAUGUAAGACAAAAUGCAAAAGAAAAGUGAGUUUUCAAGAGUGGCAGGUGGAGAGAAAGGAGAAUGCUGGCAUGAGGACAAGUUUUAGUGGUAACACUUAAACACCAGAGCUACUGUGACACCUGCAUAGAGGAAAGACACUUGGCUCCAUAGGUUUCACAAGUAGGACAAAAUGCACAAGAAAAAUGAGGUUUUGAGAGUGGCAGGUUGAGAGAAAGAGGAGAAUGCUUGAAAGGAAAAAUCUUAGAGGCAACACUUAAACAUCAGGGCUACUGUGACAUCUAUGUAGACAGGAAAGACAAACGUGUUUCAUAAAUGUUUCUGAUGAUGUUGAUUGAAACUAUCUGAGCCAUGUAAUCAAAAAAUAAAAGUUGUAUGCAUCUCA